AUGGAAGAAAAUAACAUGGAGGGGAGGAAAAUAGUAGUGGCAGUAGAUGAAAGUGAAGAGAGCAUGUAUGCUUUAUCUUGGUGUCUCGGCAACCUCUUGUCCCAAAACCAUAAACCAACGAGUACCCUAAUUCUCCUCUACAUCAAACCUCCUCUGGAUGCCACUGGGUAUCUAUUUGCUGGUGAUGUCAUUGCAACCAUGGAAAAACACAACAGUGACUUGACUAAUUCAGUGAUGAGAAGGGCAGAGGCAGUUUACAAAAACUUCAACACUACUGUCGCAGUGGAGAAAAAAGUUGGAAGUGGAGAUGCCAAAGAUGCGAUAUGCAUGGCUGUCGAGAAACUUGGAGCCGACAUCUUAGUCAUGGGAAGCCACGACUAUGGUUUCUUCAAAAGGGCUUUACUGGGAAGCGUAAGUGAGUACUGUGCUAAGCACGUGAAGUGCCCAUUAGUGGUGGUUAAGCGUCCCAAGACUGCCAAGACGCAUCGCCCGCAGAGUAUGGAAGGAUUACUAUGCCAAGGUCGAUGCCGGCCUACUUGGUCGAUGCCUACUGUAAGGAGCCUUUAA